AUGCCCGUCUUCACCGAAUAUGCAGCCGCGUCGCGUGAGCUACGCGUCCUUCCUUCUUUUGCAUCCCCACUACCACGUCUCACACCAAAACCACAACCGGAUGGAAAGACUGAGAGAUAUGAGGUUGUUAUCGUGGGGGCUGGUCCAGCAGGACUCAUGCUUGAGCUCUUACUGGCGCGAUACGGACUGAGCGACGAGUCAUUGCUGUGUGUCGACGCCAAGUCGACAACACUAAAGUCUGGGCAGGCCGAUGGACUUCAACCGCGGACUCUAGAGACCUUGAAGUCGCUAGGCCUGGCAGAUGAGAUUCUCACCGAGGGUUGCCAGAUGUGGCAGGUCGCAUUCUGGAACCCCUCGAACGACGAGGAUAAGAUCAUCGAGCGCACUUCAAUUGUCCAAGACGUCGCUGUACCUGCCCGAUUCCCCCAUGAAGUCACGAUUCACCAAGGCCGCAUUGAGCGGAUUCUGGAAACAGAUCUGCUUCGCUACUCGAAACGCGGCGUGCAGCGCAAUACCAAGCUGAUCGAUGUGAAAAUCGACGAGGAAGUGGAUGCAGAAUUCCCCGUUGUUGCCGAAAUAGAAACUGAGGGCCAACAUCGAACCGUGCGAACAAAAUAUUUGGUAGGAGCUGAUGGUGCUCACUCCGUUGUGAGACGCUCCAUGGGACUUAAAUUGGAGGGCGAAUCGCUUGAUCAUAUCUGGGGCGUAGUCGACUUGAUUGUCGACACGGAUUUCCCCGAUAUUCGUCGUCGCUGUGCUAUUCACUCGCCGGCGGGCUCGGUCAUGGUGAUUCCUCGUGAGCGCAUUGCGACCGGUGACUACUUGACACGGUUGUAUGUGCAAGUACCUGGAGAUGUCAAGCCAGACAGUGAUCAACAAACGACGGAUGGUCCCAUCGCCGCCCCGACGGCUGAUGCAAGAGCCCGUCGCAGCCAAGUUACGGAAAAGACCAUAUUCGAUAAUGCGGCAGCAGCAUUCAGGCCUUACUAUAUCCGCCCAAAAACAGAUGGUGCGGUGGAUUGGUGGGCAGCCUACCAGAUUGGUCAACGAGUGACGGACAAGUUUUCUGUUAAGGAUUCAAAGGGCGUGAACCGAGUUUUCAUCGCGGGAGAUGCCUGCCACACACACAGUCCCAAGGCCGGCCAAGGGAUGAAUGUUUCAAUGAUGGACUCUUAUAACUUGGCCUGGAAAUUGGCGUACAGUAUCCACGGGCUGACCCCAGAGGGCGCUCAAGGGCAACCUGAUCCGAUUCUUGACACAUAUCACACUGAACGCCACACUAUUGCACAAGAACUGAUUGAGUUUGACCGCGCAUUCUCUUCCAUGUUCUCUGGAAAGAUUGGAGCAUCUGAAGAUGGUGUUGAAGGUUUAACACAUGAAGAGUUCCUUGAAGUGUUCAGUCGAGGAAACGGCUUCACCAGCGGCUGUGGAAUUGAGUAUCCCGAGAAUAUCGCCGUGGACCGAGCCCUGGAUGGUGACAAGAAUCCAAUCAGUGGCACCGAUUAUUUGUCUGGUAUUCUGCGACCGGGGCGAAGACUGCUGAAUGUGCGUCUCGUUCGACAUGCAGAUGGCUAUCGCCGCGAUCUUCAAGACGAUUUUGCAUCCACCGGUCGAUUCCGCAUCUUGUGCCUCACUUCAUCAGAUCUCCUGGUUCUGCAAGGAACGUCCUCUCUGACACUCACUAAGCUUGGUGCAAUCAUUUCUCAGUUCCCGCAAUCAGUUCUAGAGCAGGUGGUUAUCCAUCCUCGCCUGUCAAAGGAAUUCGUGUGGAGUGAUAUCCCAAGCGAGGUGAAGCAACACUCGGAAAUGUCAUUCUACAGUGGGUAUAAGAUGGAUGAUGUUUACGGCAUCUAUGGAGUUGAUCCGAGCAAAGGUGCACUGGCUGUCGUUAGGCCUGAUGGAUAUGUUGGAAUUCUCGCCGAUCUGGGCGAUGUCCAGAGGAUAGACAACUAUUUGGGUACAAUGAUCCGCCGGAACUAG